AUGGAUGUCAAAUCUGAGAGUGUCAAUUCUGAACUCGAUCAAACAGAUGCCAUUUGUAAUCCACAUAUCACUUUAACUGACAUCCCUACAGAAAUUAUUCAAAAAAUACUCAGCUUCAGUUCCCUAACGAUACAAGAUGUCUGCAUGGUGUCUUGUUCCUGUAAAAAACUUAAUAUUUGUUGCUUGCAAUAUAGCAAUAAUUUGUGGAAAUCAAAAGUAGUUCAAAGAUGGCCAGGAUUGUUAUUAAGUACGAGUAAGCAAACAGAAAAUAAAGUGAACUGGAAAGAAAUUUGUAAAUCCUGUGUAAAGACGGGACAUUUAGUGCGUUAUUAUUUAAAUAAUUUGGAUGUUGAUUAUGCUGUUGAAGAAAUAUCCAGUGAAAAUUUCAAUCCAUUUAUAUGUUUAAUAGAGGAAAAUGAUAUUAGUGGAGGUAUAGUUGUUAAUGAGUUGUUAAGUAUAGUUCAUGAUGGACAGAGACACAAAAAUCUGACUAUAAAAUAUUAUGCUGUGAAAGUGUUACGUCAUAUUCAACAGUUGCAUUUAUCAAAAAGAUGGAAAACAUUUCUAGAGUUGCCUGCUUCACAACAGAGCCUGGAAACUGGUGCCUGUCUUAUAUCACGGUGGUGUCAACCUACAGAAAUUGUUACUGAUCAGAAUAUAUCAAACCAGUUAGAUAAUAUAGUCAGACUAGUUAAACAAGAAUUAAAAGAACGAAAUCAAGAUCAUCCAGCCAUAUCCUAUACUAGUCCAGAUUCAGAAAACACUUCUGGAUUAAGCGAAUCAUUAUGGAGUCCAGAACAGUGUAGAUUGGUGCUAGAAUGUAUCAAUUUUGUUAUGUUUGAUAAACUACAGUUUAAAGGCAAUAAAUCAGAAUAUUAUGAUCCUCAAAACUCAUACAUUGAUAAGGUUUUAGAAAGAAAGAAGGGUAUACCAAUUACUUUAUCUAUUAUAUAUUGCUGUCUUGCUAGAAGAUUGGGUAUACUAUGUGAACUAGUUAACUUUCCUUCUCAUUUCCUUUUAAGAUGGCAAGAACAUCCAUUAGCUGUAUCAUCAGUAGAAAGAUAUACCUAUAUUGAUGCUUUUCAUGGUGGUCAACUAUAUACACAGGAAGAAUGUUGUCCAGCCUUGGGUAUCCCUAAAUCUAUAGGUCAUGAUAUAUCAUUAUUUAAUUCUAUAGAAAAUGUUAAGGUAUUUGAAAGAAUUGCAAGGAAUUUAGUUGGUAUAGGUAGACAUCAAAAUCAGAUGGGAGACGGGUUAUUAUGUUUGAGGAAUGCGCUAGAGUUAUCUCUCUUGAUUUACCCUGAUGAUUUAGAAAUGAGAUUAGUACAAGUUAGAAUAAAUUUACAAAUGAACAUCAAUUUACCAAAG